AUGCUUCAUCAUCAUCCUCUCUCGUCCCGCGCACCUCCUGCUGCCCCGCCUUCGACGCCCCAGAGUGCUGGCCAAGCCCCUGCCCAGCCCACACAGCAGCAAUCUCCGCCAAACAGUGCUGGUUCGAUGAGCUCCUUCAUGCAGCUUCGCGCCGAGAUCCCACCUGCGCCGCCAAUUCGCAACUCACGCAAACGGAAGUCGCCUUCCACAACGGACGACGCGAACCAACAGCAGCAACAGGCGCCGCCGCCGCCGCCCACGACGCAGGUACAGCCGCAGCAACAGCAGCAGGUGCAUCCCCAGCAGCAGCAGCCACCACCCCCGCAUCCAGGUCAAGCACCCAUGCCUCCUCCCCCGCAUGUUUAUCCAGGUCUUCCUCCACCAGCAGGUAAUGUUUACCCACCGCCGAUGUAUGCGUACCAUCCCGGCCCACCUCCACCUGGUCAAGACUACACUACAGCCGGCAUGAUGCCUCCUCCAGGUGCACCAGGAGGCCCUCCGCUGAUGCAGGGCGUGCCGCAGCCUCCUCAACAGACCGGAGACCAGCAGCAUCAAGCGUCGAACAGACAGCUCAGCACAAGCAAGCGUGCCGAGCAAAAUCGUAAGGCACAGCGCGCGUUCCGCGAGAGGAGAGAUCAGCACGUGAAAGCACUCGAACAACGUUCUCAGCUGCUCGACGCUGCCCUUGCUGGAGCUGACGAGGCGAAUCGCAGGUGGGAGGAGUGCCGCGCAAUCGUCGACCAACUGCGCAUCGAGAAUACCGCGCUCCGGACCGCGCUGCAACAGGCGCAAACUCAGAUCACUGCACUUGGUGGGAACCCCAACGCACCUGCCACUUCCAAGCCGGACGAUGUUCAGAGGGGCAAUGAGGAAAAUGCUACCGGUGUUUCAGAGGCACCGAAGGACACGGCAGCUGCAGUUUGA